AUUUGUUGCUCAUUUCCUAAUUAUUUUGGAGAAGGUAAUUACCCUGUCUCCAUGAUUUGCUGCAGUCCUUGGGUUGAAAGGUACCCUGUAAGGCUGAUAAGGGGAGAGCUCCAUGACUUUGACCAAGCAACUAUGAAGGAACAUCCAUGCAUUUCUAACUCUGGAUGGUGUGCGUCUUAGAGGGGAUACUUGAAACGACAGAAGGAUGGCAUCCUUAUUUCGAAGUGAGGAGAUGUGCCUAACGCAGCUGUUUCUGCAAGUUGAGGCUGCGUAUUGCUGCAUCUCUGAGCUGGGAGAGCUCGGCUUUAUGCAGUUUCGAGAUCUGAACUUAAGUGUCAACUCAUUCCAGCGGAAAUUUGUGAAUGAAAUUCGACGUUGCGAAGUGAUGGAGCGAAUUCUUCGAUUUCUGGAGACGGAAAUGGAAAAGGAUCAGAUUGUUGUCCAAGAUGAUGGAGAGAAUCCCCAGGCUCCUCUUCCAAAAGAUAUGAUUGACCUGGAGGUGGUUCUGGAAAAACUCGAGAAUGAUCUGAGGGAAGUGAAUCAGAACCAACAGACAUUGAAACAGAACUUUCUGGAGCUUACUGAACUCAAGCACCUACUGAAAAAAACACAGGACUUCUUUGAGACUGAAGCGAAUUUGACUGAUGAUUUCUUCAGUGAAGAUACAAUGCACCUAUUGGAACUGCAGACUGCAUCUGGGGUGAUUGCUCCUGGCAGACUAGGGUUUAUAACUGGCGUGAUCAGGAGAGAGAGGAUGGCUGCCUUUGAGCGCUUGCUCUGGAGAGCUUGCAGAGGGAAUGUCUACAUGAAGCAAUCUGAGAUGGAAGUCCCCUUGGAGGAUCCCAACACUCUUGUGAAGGUCCAGAAGAAUGUCUUCAUCAUCUUCUUUCAAGGGGACCAGCUGAGACACAAAGUGCAGAAGAUUUGCGAUGGGUUCCGUGCCACUAUGUACCCAUGUCCUGAAUCUGCCAACGAACGUAGAGAAAUGGCUGCUGGUGUGAAAACACGCAUUGAGGACUUAAAUACUGUACUUAAUCAGACUGAAAGCCAUCGUCGCCGUGUGCUGCAAGAAGCAGCGAAGAGCCUGCGAAACUGGCAAGUGAAGGUUGUGAAAAUGAAGGCGAUCUAUCACACUCUGAACUUGUGCAACAUUGAUGUGACCCAACAGUGCCUGAUUGCAGAAACCUGGUGUCCAGUCGCUGAUAUGGAUAGGAUCAAGAUGGCACUCCAUCAAGGCAAGGAACGCAGUGGUUCCAGUGUUGACCCCAUCAUGACUGUAGUGCAGACCCAAAUGGCUCCACCCACCUUCAACAGGACCAAUAAAUUCACAGCUGGUUUCCAGAAUAUUGUGGACGCCUAUGGGGUUGGGACAUAUAGAGAAAUGAACCCUGCUCCAUAUACGAUCAUCACCUUUCCAUUUCUGUUUGCUGUCAUGUUUGGCGAUUGUGGACAUGGAGCGGUUCUGCUUGGUUUUGCACUUAUCAUGAUCAUCAAUGAGAAAGAGUUUGCUGACCAGAAAGGUGGCAAUGAGAUCUGGAACACCUUCUUCAAUGGACGUUACCUCAUCCUGUUGAUGAGCAUAUUUUCCAUUUACACUGGAUUCAUUUACAACGAUUGCUUUUCGAAAUCCUUCAACAUAUUUGGAUCGUCCUGGCAUGUGAGGGCCAUGUUUCGCAAUGGAAGUUGGAAUAACCAUGUUAUUGAAAACAACCCAUCACUACAGUUAGAUCCUGCAGUGCCAGGUGUGUUCUCUGGCAAUCCAUAUCCAUUUGGAAUUGACCCGAUUUGGAAUAUAGCUUCAAACAAGUUAACUUUCCUCAACUCCUACAAGAUGAAGAUGUCAGUCAUCCUUGGUAUUGUACAGAUGAUCUUCGGUGUGGUCCUCAGUAUUUUCAAUCACCUAUACUUUAACAACAAGAUCAACAUCAUCCUUCAGUUUGUCCCUGAGAUGAUCUUCAUUUUGAGUUUAUUUGGUUACCUGGUCUUCAUGGUUAUUUUUAAGUGGUGUUUUUACCACGUUAAGAAUUCUCAGAUUGCUCCCAGUAUUCUAAUACACUUCAUCAACAUGUUUCUAUUUAGUUACAAUGAUCCUUCCAACCAGCUGUUAUAUAGUCACCAGCAAGAGGUUCAAAGCUUUCUGGUGAUUAUUGCAAUCAUAGCUGUCCCCUGGAUGCUUUUUCUGAAGCCCUUCAUUUUGCGAUCGAAUCACAGAAAAGCUCAACGUGCGUCUGAGUCUGCACCAGAGAAUGUAUAUGCUUCACUUGACGUUGAUGUUGAUAUCCUACAACCCCAGCAACGGAGCACCAGUGACCAUGGUGAUGACCACAGUGAAGAGUUCAACUUUGGUGAUGUUUUUGUGCACCAAGCCAUCCACACAAUUGAGUACUGUCUUGGCUGCAUCUCUAACACUGCAUCCUAUCUCCGGUUGUGGGCUCUGAGCUUGGCUCAUGCAGAGUUAUCUGAAGUCCUCUGGACCAUGGUGAUGCGCAUUGGCUUGAGUAGUGCUUCUUGGGCUGGCCUCAUUGGUGUCUUCAUCAUAUUUGCAAUUUUUGCCAUCUUAACAGUUGCUAUUUUGUUGGUAAUGGAAGGAUUAUCUGCUUUCCUACAUGCUCUACGUCUUCACUGGGUUGAGUUCCAGAAUAAGUUCUAUGCUGGAGCUGGCUACAAGUUUAAUCCUUUUUCAUUCAAAUCCAUUCUGGAUGGAAAUCCAGAUGAAUAAAGCUGAUUUCAACACUGUUUUCAACAAAGAAUGUUUCGACUACAGAUUUAAAGAUAAUGUCGUUCAGAAAUAAUCAUGGAUCUCUCUUAAAAUGAUAUUGAUUAGAGCUAAGAUUAAUGUUUUGAAUUUUAGCUGUUCAAAUUUUAGUGUGUAACAUUGAGCUGGAAUGCUUUGUGCUAUCGAGCAGAUGUUUUGACAAGAUUAAAAUAAAUGGGAAUAUGGCUAGUAGAGAA